AUGAAACAAUUCAGCCUGUGUGUUCUUUUGGUCCUAUUGGCAGUCAUUGAGAAAACAAGUGGUGACGAGACUGGUGAAGCAACAUUCUACAAUAUAGAAGGUGCACCAACAGCAUGUGGAGCAAAUCAUCAAGGUAGUGAAUUGGUCGCCGCUUUGAACGCAGCUGAGUUCGAUCCAGAGACGCACGGUAAUCCGAAUAACAAUAAAUUGUGUAAUCGUCAAGUGGAAGUGAAAGGACCAGCCGGAACAGCCACAGUCAAAAUUGUCGAUCGAUGUCCACCGAAAUCAGCACCGGGUGUUGGCUGCGUCAAAGGUGAUUUGGAUUUGACACCGGCAGCAUUCAAACUUGUUGGAGGUGAUCAAAGUGUAGGACGAGUGAAAAUAACCUGGAAAUACGUUUAA